AUGGAGUGCAAUAAAUGUUGUUUUCAGGUGGUUGCGGUUGUGCUGGUGGUUGUUUUAGGAACGUUGGCCGCAGUCGCAGUAGCCGAGGAACGGUCCCAGAGUCCGAUCGCAGCUGAAUUCGUUUCUCCCGAUUACUACGUCUGUGUAGAAUGGUAUUGCUGCAGGUUGAAGGGUGCACCUUGCAGAACCUAUUAUGAUUGCUGCCGUCAGAAGUGCGAUAUGAAUACAAGUAAUCAACUUUUUACCAUGGAUUUGGUUGGCACAGAAACUGGAGAUGUACCGAAGCGCUAUUCCAUGGACAUGACCAAAGACUUUGUUCCAAUGUCUGUGUUUUCACAGACAUCCCAAGGAAAGCUUGCAGUUGAAGGGGAAAUACUAAACAAGUUUGACAUGAGACCUCAUGAUGAAAACAUCGAGAACUAUGGGAAACUCUGCCGUGAACAGACAAACAAAUCUAUGAACAAAUCCAGACAGGUCAUCGAUAAUGACAAUGGAUCGCACAUGAGGCCAAUGCCAGGGAUGAUUAUCGCUGCUGUAUUCAAUAUGGAAUGA